CGCUAGCCGAAGAGAGACGAAGCCGCCAGCGCAGCGCAAUCUCCUGCCCGGAUGGUAAGGAUGAAAGUUGCCUCGGGCGCAUUCAGCGGCGACUAAAGAAUGUCGAGGCAGAGCUCGUAGAAAAUCUGGACGAGCAUCAGCAUUGCCUCUGGCUCACUCGAGAGGAUCUAAGUGGCGUUCCAGAAGAUAUCUUGAGGAGUAUGGAACGCGGGACCGGCGAGCUCAACGGCUCAUUCGGGUUGGAUCUCAACGGAAUGCAAGCGCGACUGCGAGAGAGCAUCGUGAGCUCUUCUGCUACGAGGAGGACAAUUUACUUGGCAACUAGGCGAGUGUCACUCAGCAACUGUGAAGCAACUUUCACCAGGAAAAUAUUGUCGAGCUUCUUCUCAGCCUCAUUUUCGGGAUUGUCACCUUAAUCAAUACCCCUAACAAAGAAGUUCUCGUUGUGUAUACUCUUUCAUCUUCUCUCCAACAUUAAGAUUGAGUUGUCAGAAUUGAGGCCGCGCGCAGCUUUUGAAUGCAUCUUCACCAAAUCACAAACUUAGCAUUUACAACACCAUAUUAGCCAUGUUGCCACAUGAGCUCGACCAAAAGUCCUGCGAAAGCCUCGAAUCCGAAGCUAUCCUGCGCAUCACAUCAUAUCAUAGGAGAGACUUUGACGCCAAGGUUGUCACAGCAGAACCUGGACAACACGAUCACGCUCGUUCGUCCCUGUUCAAGAGUUUUGACGAAUCCGCAAGCUCAGGCCUGGGCCGACUUCAACGUCUCCCGUUUGAGCUUCUUUCAUCCAUUUGCCUUUUGCUCGACCUUCAGUCUGCCCUGAACUUCACCCAGGCCAGCCGGAGCGCUCGGGAGACAAUUGGGAGCAUUCCACAAUAUCACCGACUCCGCGAACAUUCCCUUGAAUGCAUAUGGGCUCUGUCUCGGACAGGUCUUUCGCACCACACUAGCAUCUCAGACUUACAUGCAGCUUUUCUGGCCGAGCACUGCGUUAUUUGUGGCUCGUUUGGCGGGUUCCUUUUCCUUCCCAGCGCAACUCGCUGUUGUUUCGCCUGUAUCGAGUCUGCACCAGAUUUCCGGAUCAUCUCAUUUCAUUCGCUUCAAAAAGAAUCACGCAGACUAGCGACGUGGCUCAAAAGAUCUCAUCCGGUGAUACACUCCAUCCCUGGGUCAUAUUCGUCAAACGAAAAAGAGUACACGAGCCGACGAAAACUCGUAUCCGGACAUCAUGCUCUGCAGUUCCCUCGAGCAGACCACGACGAAGACCCCCGGGCCAUUCUAGGCAAGCUACCCGAUUCUCCAGUCCUGAGAUGUAUGGCAGCCUGUCGGCUGCCAUAUUUCAAUUUGGCGACUGGCGACUUGCAAUUGGGGAUAUCUUGCAAGGGCUGUCAGAUCGCUAUGGAGGCCAACUUCAGCGAUGCCAACUUUUCUCGCCGAGAGCGUCUCUAUUCACGAGACGGGUUCAUGCGUCAUUUUUGGGACUGCGUAGAGGCAAAGGAGCUCUGGGCUUCUAGUGAGGGAGGGAUGGUUGCGGUCACAGAGCCGGAGUGGACGAGACGUGGAGGGUUAUGAGAUGGAUGACGGAUAACCGCAAAAACGGGAUCUCAUGUCACAUUGCUUCAAUGGUCAGACAGCUCUCUUUCGUUCAAAUAUCUUCUGGCUGGGCGUACAAAUCCAUGUUGUCAAGUUUCGCGCAGGACUUACGCCUGUCGCCUUCACAGACCCCAAUACGCGACCCCUUGUAUGGGUACACUUUCUUUCUCUAUAACCAUCCCAGACACCCUUGCUGAGCUUUUGUCAAGACCAUAACCUUGCUAGCGGCAUAAUGACCACCACUUCUGCCUGGCAGGCAGCACAGGUACAGAACAGGCAAC